AAUAGAUCCUAAAAAUGAUUAAGAAAUAUUUUCGAUCGCCUUUUACUUGAACUUUCUAUAUCUUGUACAUAACCUAAAUCUGAAUUUGUUCAGUUCAAUUUGAUACGUUUGCUGUGUAUAAACAAAAUUGAUAAUGAACGAAAAUCAAAAAGAAAUAGAUCGAGAUCAAUUAAAAAUUGAUCGUAAAAUACGAAAAAAAUUAAAAAAAGAGAAAGUACGUGAACAAAAUCAAAAAGAACGUGAAAAGGCGGCACUUUUAAAAUUACAGUCAACUGAUCAUCGUAUACAAAUCAUUACAGAAAAUUCAUAUUUAAAUUCAAAACCAAUUCGACAAUGUUCGUGUGUAGAUGUUAAUUUAGAAAAUGAUAUUGAACAAUUUCCAUCGUUAAAUUUAACUGUUAAGCAAAAGAAAAUUAAAAUUAAACAAAACCAUAAUGAAAAUUGUUCUUUAAAUAUAUCACCAGCUGUAUCUGUAAAUAAGAAAAGUAAUGCUCCAAUCACUGUUGAUAUUGUUGAAGUUAUUGAAAAUAUUAAAAAACCAGCUCCUGCAGUAAUUAAUAAAAAACAUGUAAAAAAAUUAACAGAUAAUCGUAUAUUAUUAUCUGGUAAUAUAUUAGAUUCAGAUAAUCCACAACGUCGACAUGGAAAAAUACGUGAGAAUAAGAAACCGCAUUUAUCACAAAUGAAAAAACAAAUUAUCAAAGAGAAAAAUUGUAUGGAAAUGUGUGAAAAUAAAAAUAGUAAAAUUAACAUAUUAUGUGAUAAUCUUAUAACGCCCGAAUUAAAUUCAUAUGUUGAACGUUUAUUAAAAGAUAUCGCCGAUUUUUAUUAUCGACAAUUUCAAGAUUCAACUAAAACGGUUCAUAAAAAACGAUUUAUUGUUGGAUUUCAUGAAAUUGAAAAAUAUAUGCCGACUAAAAAUGUUAAAUUACUUAUAAUCGCCUCAAAUUUACAACCAUUUGGUACGUUUUUAAUUCAUUUGCAAUUUUUUUUGUUGGGAUUUUUAAUGUUGGAUUAA